AUGGGUAAUAUUAAAUAUGUGAAAGGUGAUAUUUUAAAUGCAGGGGAUUUUCCAAGAAUACUCUUGCAUUCUUGCAAUUGUAAUGGUACAUGGGGAGGAGGAAUUGCAUAUCAGUUAGCUUUAAAAUACCCUUAUGCAGAAAAACAGUAUAGAGAAGCUUGUGACAGACAUGUUGUUGGACUUUUAGGUAAAUGUUUGUUGUUGAGAACAAAGGAAGAUCCAAACUUAAUUAUUGGCUGUCUCUUUACCGCUGCUUAUGGGGGAUCUGAUCAAAAUGAGAGUUACAUUCUAAAGUAUACUAAGAUGGCUUUACAAGACUUAUCAUCACAACUUAAUCAAGAAAAAACACUGGAAGACUAUCAGAUUAUUAUGCCUAAAAUUAAUAGUGGUAUCUUUGGCGUUCCUUGGGAAAAUACAGAGCAAUUAUUAGAGGUGUCCCCACAAGACUUUACAGUUUAUGUAAUAUAG